UUUCUAAUUUCCUGUCUCACUCUUUCCCUUCCCUUUUCUUAUUCACUCUUUUUCUCACUCCUCCCCCUCCAUCUGUCUCUCUGUCUGCCCCCCCUCUCAGAGUGAGGGGAUGAUGGAGGGAGUUGCUGUGUAUCUGCAGUGUUGCAGCGACAAACGUUUCCACACCUCUCACUUCAUCUUCCCCCAUACACAUGCAACACACACACACACACACACACACACACACACACACACACACAGACAGACACUUUCACUCGGAGAAAAACUGAAAGCUAGGUAGAUUGAGAAAAGAAGGAGAGAAUGCAUUGCUCUGUGCUGUGAAGAUUCGUUCCAUCUUUCUAUUCCUCCUGUAAUCUUCCUCGCUUCAGAUGAAAACAUGCAGAGCAGAAGCAUUGGAGAUGCUGCUGUUGUAGACAUCCCCAUCUAGUGACCAGAGCAAAUGGCGUCAUGGAACAGUACAAUAUCCAGAGGGUGGUCAAACAGAAGGCACAGCAAUUCUGUAAGACACUUCACAGAGAGAAAGAGAGAUAAACACCAGGAGCUGCUGUACACAUCUCCAGGAGAGCUGAUGUUAACACACACACCAUGAAGAAGAUCUACAUUGGCAAAACUGGCCUGAAGAGCUCACGGGCCGGCUGUAAGCACCAGAAGAAAAGUUCUCUACAGGAGCAGAAGGAGGAUUUGAGGAAGCGUUUGACUUUCACCACUCAGAAGCUGGAGCUGUUAGAGAGUGAGUUUGAUUCCACGAGGCAGUACCUCGAGACCGAACUGCGCCGAGCUCAAGAGGAACUCGACAAGUUCACAGAUAAACUGAGGAGAAUACAGAGCAGUUACUCAGCCUUACAGAGAAUCAAUCAGGACCUGGAGGAGAAAAUCCACCGGACUUCCCAGCAUCAUGACGAUGAAAAGCGGGCGCUCAGUCAUGAGAUUAUUGUACUUAACACACACCUGAUGGAGGCAAAGAUCACCAUCGAGAAGCUCAAAGAGGACAAUGAUUUGUACAGGAAGGACUGCACCCUGGCAGCUCAGCUCCUGCAGUGUAAUCAGUCUCAAUACAGAGCUCAACUCUCUGAGCUGCCUGCAGAUUUUCUGGAGCGUUUGAGUCUGCACGUCGAGGAUUCUUCACCCAUCUGUCGCUCACCAUAUUCCGACCCCAUUCCCUCCUCUGUGAUGGCUAACGUUUUGGAGAAACAGGAGGGAGCCUCGCGUUCCCCAAGCCCCACACGUCACGAGCUCCACGAGCCUCACAAGCACCCAGGCUUCCUGAUUGGCACUCCUGUUAGCGCAGAUGAGCGUCUGGGCCUCAGUUUGAGGAGUGUGGCUAAGUGUGACGUGUACAGCAGUGACACUGCACUAUACUGCCCAGACGAGCGGCGUCGCGAGCGCAGGCCCAGUUUCGACCUGCACCGAUUCCCCCAUUUUAAUACCUCUGUGGGUGGAGCCUCCAGCUCUUACUCCAGUUUCAGUGGGGGUGGAUCUGAAGAAAAAGGGGCUGAACCUCCUUAUAGCACCACCUCUUCACCUCAACACCAUGGAAUCUACAUGGAAUGGCGAGACGGUGUCGAGUACGAGCACAAAAGUGAUGAUUCCUGGGAAAGAGAAAGUCCGAGCGCCUUCAGUGCAUCUCACACUUACCAAAAUGGCGGCUCUCCUCUCUACAGUGGUGCAAUGUCGUGCUACAGCGAGCCGUAUGAACCCCUCCCACCAUCCACCUCGCCUAGCGUCAACUACGGUGACAGUCGGCGUGGCAGUGCGCUGGUCCCAGAAGAGGAGGAGGAGCCAGAAGAGGAGCAGGAGGUGCUGAUUGGCCGAUGGAGGCGGUUAAGUGUAGAGGAUGUCAGCGCUCACUCGUUCUGUAGUGCUGGACGUGCUUCGCCCUAUAGCUUCUCUGAGCAGCACUUCUCCGUUCGACCCGCCAAGAUCCGGCUUGGUCCUCUCUACAGCAGCUUCCAGGAGGGAAGCGAUGCCUAUCGGCACCACGGUGCCACCCUGCUGGAUCCGUUCUCCAGCACUGAUCUUCAGAAUACACACUUGUACAGCACAGAGGAUGAGAACCAGGAGGUGGAGCAGCAGGAGGCUGGACUCGAGCAAGAAUAUGAGGAUGAGGAGGUGGAUGUGAGUCCAAACAGCUCCAACGAGUCACUGGAAAUCGGGUCCAUGGAAAUUGGUGCUGAGCUGCAAUCCUUUCAGCCGGACCGGAUUAGCACCUCUCCUCAGGAAACGAGUUCUCCUUCGACUCAGGCAGCAUCACAGUACCAAACCUUCACCACUCUGGGCCUGACGAGGAAGGACAGCCUAACAAAAGCACAGCUCUAUGGUACUCUGCUCAACUGAGGACUCUGUGAGGACAUGGCUUUCUCCAGAUUAAUAUUAUUUAACACACAACAAAACUUUUUCUUUAUGAGGAGCACCUCAGUAGACCUGAGCUCCACUUUACUCUGAUCUUCUGAGGACCUGAUUUUACUUUAUCCAGUUCGGGCCACAUGUCUGAGUGCGCUACUGAGAAUUAUUUGUGUUUCUAUUGAUUUCAACCAAUCAGAACGCACCUUGGAACCUUGGAAUUAGGUUAUUAGAACUAGGGCUACACUGAUUUAUAAAAAAAGAUUUAUAAAUCUGUAAUAAAGUUGUGUAUUAAUGGAUUUGUGGCCAAACACAACUAAAUUUUCCCACCAGACUUUACAGAAGUUAUACUGUGUCUUGUUCGCAUAUGUGUGUGUGUGUGUGUGUGUGUGUGUGUGUGUGUGUGUUAAUAAACACAAAUCAGCUGUACAUUACUGAGCACGUUUACAAAUACCGCUGAUUCGCCAUUCCCACAAAAACGACAAUAUGGCGACUAGGGUGAACGAGUGCCUCCUAAAUGCAGCGGGAGCUACUGCAGCACUUCAGCUAAUACACGUCUUCCUGUUUUAGGGUGCCAUUACUUUUGGCCUAAAUGAAUGGCUUGUCUUAUUUAUAUUAGUUUCUACAUACAUUUUGGAAUCGCUUCCUUUCAGGUUUCACCGUAAAUUUAUGAGAUUUUUAUUAGUUACCAUAACAAUAAAACCCUGUAACUACACCCCCACAUCUACACCCAUAGAAACUGGACAUGCCCAAAAGCAUUACUUUAACAGUCCAGUGAGUGGCAGUGUUCCAUCAUUAUUAAUCAGACAGGUUUCUGGAUCUGGCGCUUUAGGAGGAGUCAAUAGCCCUUGGGGGGCAUGGCUAAAGCAAAUCCAAAAGCAACCAAUUGAAAGUCUUUUACUGAUAUUUUUCUCUGCUUUGGAUUAGCCGUGAGUGAGUGAAGCACAUGUUAGCGAAGGUUUCAGACCGACUUCAGUGUGAGAUCCAAUCUGAAGGUGUCUCGGUGGUGCACUCAGACUUCCCGCUGAUCCGACUGUGCGUUCUCUCCGUAUUUAUGCUCUGUGGUAUUUUUCUACAGUGGAGAUGAAGUCAUGAUGAUGUUCUGUGGUUGAUAUGAAGCUUGCUGCUUUUUUACAGGGGGUGGAGUCAGACCUGAGUUAGCUCCACCUACCAGGGUGGACUCAAAACUAGCAUCCAGGGGUGGAGACAUCGUUCAGGACGCAAAAAUGUGUUAUAACUCCAGGAUCCAGAUCGUCUCAUAGAUU